AUGUCCAUUGCACGCCUCAUACCCGGCCUCACUCCGGCUGAUGCCCCGGCUCAGAGCCAGGUGGAUGAACGAUCCGCACUGCUUGACGGCCGACGGGGUGCUGCACCAAACAACUAUCAUCACUUGGAUAGCGAGGGUGGUGAGAAUACAAAAUCAUAUCAUAUUAAAGAGCUUUGUGGCAACAUAUCCCAGCUUGCUGGGGGGGCGAUUCCAGUGAUUAUCACGUACUGUUUACAGAACAGCCUCCAGACGAUAUCUCUAGCCGUUGUUGGCCGCCUGUCACCGGAGAACCUCUCUGCCGCAGCUUUUUCGUACAUGUUUGCCACCUGUACUGGAUUGCUGAUUGGAUUGGGCGGGACGACAGCACUGGAUACUCUAGCUUCUUCUGCAUUUACUGGAGGCUCGAGCCAGCACGACCUGGGAGUCCUCGUGCAGAGAGCCUUCUUUGUGUUGGGUCUUCUUUAUUUGCCGGUGUGCUUUUUGUGGAUCAAUUCCGAACCGAUCCUCAAGCUCCUGGGACAGGAACCAGGAUUAUGUGGGGAUGCUGCCAAAUUCUUAACCUUACUGAUACCGGGUGGGAUCGGCUAUAUCUUCUUCGAGAUCAUGAAGAAGUACCUUCAGGCACAAGUCCUUCGAUUCGGCUUGUGGGGUGCUCCACUGGCAACUGGUCUAUCCUACUGGGUGUGCUUCCUGCUUUUGUUGCUAUAUACUGUCUGCAUAGAUGGCCAUCAAUGCUGGGGCGGUUGGAAUAAGCAGGCAUUUCGAAAUAUUGGCCUAUUCACACGUUUAGCAGUGCUCGGCAUUCUUCAUGUGGGUGCAGAAUGGUGGGCCUUCGAAAUAGUUGCAAUCGCCGCUGGCUGGCUGGGAGCGAUCCCUCUCGCUUCACAAAGCGUUAUCAUGUCCUCUGACCAAGUUAUAAAUACUAUUCCUUUUGGAAUUGGUGUUGUUACCACCAGCCUUGUGGGAAAUCUCUUAGGUGCCCGAGAUGCACGCGGUGCAAGAAGGACUGCCCAAACAGCAAUCUGGCUAAGUAUCUUCCUGGGAGGCAUUGUCCUGUUGGCCCUGCUGGCUGUGAAGGACCAUUUUGCGAAAAUUUUCAGUGAUGAUCGAGGCGUUAUAGAUUUGACAGCCCGGGUUAUGCCAUAUGUUGCGCUUUUCCAAGUUGCUGAUGGUAUUAAUGGAAGUUGCAGUGGGUGUUUAAGGGCAAUGGGAAGGCAGCACGUUGGCGCCAUCAUCAAUUUUAUUAGUUACUACUGCAGUGCUCUGCCUUUGGGCAUCUGGCUGUCAAGACGCGGCUAUGGACUGGUUGGAUUGUGGAUUGGGCAAUGUGCGGCACUUUAUGCGGCCGCCUUGGCUCAGUGGGUGCUUGUCUCUUUGAGCAACUGGGAUAUGGAAGUCUCACGCGCUUUGCAGCGGCUGGGCGAUAGCGGUCAGUCUAUUGAUGAAUCGCCCUAG